CCUCCCCCAGGGUUGUGGCCACGCGCAGCAGCGGCGGUUGUUCCGCUUCCCCUCCGGCCCGGCCCGUCGCCAUUGCCGAGGGCUCCCUCCCCUGCUUCCCGGCGCCCCGGGGCUCGGCUGCCGCUCCGGCCCGCCGCGGGGACGGCGGCUGCGCUCGGGCGCGGCUUCUCUCGCCGCCCCGCCGCCCCUUCCCUCCCCUCCCCGCGCCGCGCCGCUUCCCGGGGCGGCUCCGGAGCCCGCCGGGAGCCGGGACGGAGGCGCCUCGCCGGGGCGGGGACCUUCCCUCGCCUGAGGCUAUACAUAAUUUGAAUCAUGUCUGAUAACGGAGAACUGGAAGACAAACCUCCAGCACCUCCUGUGCGAAUGAGCAGUACCAUUUUUAGCACUGGAGGCAAAGAUCCUUUGUCAGCCAAUCACAGUUUGAAACCUUUGCCCUCCGUUCCAGAGGAAAAAAAGUCGUCCAGGAAUAAAAUCAUCUCUAUAUUCUCAGGCACAGAAAAAGGAAGUAGGAAGAAAGAGAAAGAGCGACCAGAAAUUUCUCCUCCAUCGGAUUUUGAGCACACGAUCCAUGUUGGGUUUGAUGCUGUUACUGGAGAAUUCACUGGCAUGCCAGAACAAUGGGCUCGAUUAUUACAGACCUCCAAUAUCACCAAGCUAGAGCAAAAGAAGAACCCUCAGGCUGUGCUAGAUGUCUUAAAGUUCUAUGACUCCAACACAGUGAAGCAGAAAUACCUGAGCUUUACUCCUCCUGAGAAAGAUGGCUUCCCUUCUGGAACACCAGCACUCACCACCAAGGUAUCUGAAACAUCAGCAGUAGUGGCAGAGGAAGAUGAUGAUGAUGAAGAGGAGGCUGCGCCACCUGUUAUUGCCCCAAGACCAGAUCAUACGAAAUCAAUUUAUACACGGUCUGUAAUUGAACCUAUUCCUGCAGCAAUUGGUGAUUCUAAUAUUGAUAGUGGUGCCAAGUCUUCAGACAAACAGAAAAAGAAGACCAAAAUGACAGAUGAAGAGAUUAUGGAGAAAUUAAGAACUAUUGUGAGCAUUGGUGAUCCUAAGAAAAAAUAUACAAGAUACGAAAAAAUUGGGCAAGGGGCUUCCGGUACAGUUUUCACAGCUACUGAUGUGGCAUUGGGACAGGAGGUUGCUAUCAAGCAGAUAAAUUUACAGAAACAGCCAAAGAAGGAGUUGAUCAUAAAUGAGAUUCUGGUGAUGAAAGAAUUAAAGAAUCCUAACAUAGUUAACUUCUUGGACAGUUAUCUGGUGGGAGAUGAAUUAUUUGUAGUAAUGGAGUACCUUGCUGGGGGGUCACUUACUGAUGUUGUAACAGAGACCUGCAUGGAUGAAGCACAGAUUGCUGCUGUAUGCAGAGAGUGUUUACAGGCAUUGGAGUUUUUGCAUGCUAACCAAGUCAUCCACAGAGAUAUCAAAAGUGACAACGUACUUUUGGGAAUGGAAGGAUCAGUUAAACUUACUGACUUUGGUUUCUGUGCCCAAAUCACCCCUGAGCAGAGCAAGCGAAGUACCAUGGUUGGAACACCGUACUGGAUGGCGCCAGAGGUGGUUACAAGGAAAGCUUAUGGCCCCAAAGUAGACAUAUGGUCUCUGGGUAUCAUGGCUAUUGAGAUGGUAGAAGGAGAGCCACCAUACCUCAAUGAAAAUCCCCUGAGGGCCUUGUACCUGAUAGCAACUAACGGAACCCCAGAACUUCAGAACCCAGAGAAGCUUUCCCCAAUAUUUCGGGAUUUCUUAAACCGGUGUUUGGAGAUGGAUGUGGAGAAAAGGGGUUCUGCCAAAGAAUUAUUACAGCAUCACUUCCUGAAACUGGCCAAACCAUUAUCUAGCUUGACACCACUGAUAAUGGCAGCUAAAGAAGCAAUGAAGAGUAACCGUUAACAUCAUUGUUGUGGCCUCAUUCUUUUUGUGUUUUUUUUUCCCUUCAUUUUCUAAAGAAGUCUUUAAUAUAUGGAAGUUACUACUCUUUGGGUGGGGGGGGGUUAUAAAGAAAUGGUCUGCAUAAUAUGGAAGAGAGAAGCAAACUAUUUCCUGAAGACAACCAAGAAAAAAUUGCAAAACAGAAUGUCAACUUUUGUUGAAUCCCUUCUUUAGGGUCCAAAAGGAAUUGUGGACUGAUUCACUAGCCUUACUUCUUUCAGUAAACAGCCUGUUAGGGCUAUUUAUCAUGCUUGAGAUUUGCAUUUUAUUUUGCUGACUUAUUGUAAUGGAACCCACUCAUCAUCCCUUUGAGGGCAUUUUCUGUACUUGGAUGUCAGAUUUGAGUUUUUCCAAGUAUUUGAUUCAAUCUUUCCUCUCUCCUUCAUAGCUCUACACCUCCCUCUUCACUUGCUCUUUUGAUGAGUUCCUUUGAGAUUUUUUUUUCCCCUAAAUUCAAAGCAAGUGUGACAGAAAUUAUGUAGUUCCUUAUAGUGGCAAGGGAGCUUGAUAACGGUUUAACUUUUGUAUAGAAGUUAGGACCAGCUAUUGUUACAAUAUUUCAGUUCAGGAUCUGAACUGAAGGAAAGGAAGUAUGUGAUUUUUACCUUUUUUAACAAAUGUGAAAAAGUCAGUUUUAGAAAUUUUGUGGUAGUUGUUUGGCCUUUGUUACAUGUAUAGAAAGAAGACUAAUAAUCUAUAUUUAUAACUAAAUCAUUGAGAUAGAAAAAAAUUCCACUGACUAUACAUCUUUACAAUUUUGUUUUCCUUUCUGAUUGUCUACUCUCCAGAUUUGGCUUCAGAAACCAAAGUGAUUUAUUCUGGUUCCAACUUCCGCUUUAUGACUGGUUGGUGCCAUCACUUUUCUCCUCUUUUCUUAUUUUGGAAAUAAGUUUCUGUAUAUGUUGUAAUAUUUUUUUUUAAUUAACCUUUUCUCUCUUCUCCCCUGACUCCCUCCAAUAUGGUAAAUAAUAUAACCAUUGAAUUUUCAGAAUUUUAAAGUUAAUUGUUUUCUUUUUUCUUUUUUUCCAUUUAAAGGAGAAAAAUAUUUGAGGCUAGCAGAGACAGAGUGAGAGACUUAAGCCUUGGUGAGCUCUAAAAUAAGUAAGAUUAUAUUCAUGAAAGAAAAAUGUCAAGUAUAUAAAGAUGCAGUUUCUGACCAGUAAACUGGAGAGGUUUGUAAGUUACAGUGUUCCCAAACCUGUUGCCAAUACUAGUAAAAUGACUUUGUGAGAACUUAUGUUUCAAAGUUCUUCUUGAAAAAUUCAUGAAUCUUUUGAGAUGUUUAAUUACUUUUUUCAAAUAAAUUAUCUAUCUUCAAAAAUAAGAAAAAGUGAGAAAAUUUAUAUGUGCUUAUUGAUAAUUGAUAGAAAUGCUUUUUUUUUUUUUUUGAAGAUGAAGAGGUCUGUGACCUAUAGCAUUACAUGAGUACGCUGUCUUCCUUUCCACCCCCUUCUCCCUCUCUUCUUUUUGUUCUAGCUGUUGUUUACUCUCUGGGACAGUAUCAAGCCCCUUUAUCAUGCCAAGAAUUGUGUAAAAGGAAAAUCUGUGCUUUGGUUCUGAUGGUUUGUCCUGCCAUCCCCUCUUAAUGAACUUUACACCUACUUGCUAUCUUGCAGUAGUAUAAAGUAUGAAUAAAAAUAGUUUUGACAUUUUGGAGUGUACUAGGGGAACUAACAGUUUUUUUAUCAUUCCCAUCAUAUUUGUGAUAAGAUAAUAGAUAUAAGCAUAGGUUUUUAUUGAUAAUGCAGGAAGACUUUCACAAAAGUUAGUAAUAGAGUGAAACCUGUAUAAGCACUUAAUGUUCUGUUUCAAUUUAAUUCUUCUAUUCACUUUCUCUGGAUAAUAUUGAACUUCUAUAGCUGUUACUAAAUUACUUUACAGAAGCAAGCUGGUUUAUUUCUGAUGGAAAGCUACAGUGCCUCUUAUGUUCCAGAUUUGAACAUUCUUUGUAAAUAGUUGCUGGAUGGAUUAUGAUAAAGAAGAUGCUACCAGUGAAAAAAGCAAGUAGAUGAUAAGACUGUGAUCAUCGCUCUAGAAGGCACUUCCAUCUGUAUUAUAAAGACCAUAGCCAUUGAAUACAGUGCCAAUGCCCCAUUUUUAUGCCUGUGACCCAACAAGGGUCGUUUCAGUUUAUAGAAGCAGUUUGGGAUUUGUACUUGCAACUUUGAUGGUUACCUGCACGUCCAUUGCUGGCAACGGACUUUGUCAUUAAAACCUGACUCCUCGGUUAAGGGAGCUACACUGUGGUUUUGUCUUCACUUAUUCGGUUAAACUAACUUGUUACAGAAUUACAUUACAGUUAAUUCUCAAAUGUGUCAUUUUGAACAAAAUAACUUUAAGAGCAAUACAGACUUGUGAUUCAUUAAAAUAUUUAGAUCUUGUUAAAAGAAAUACUAUAUCUGGAUCGAGAUUCAUGGUUUUCUUUUUUUAAUGAUUGCCUUUUUUUCCUCACUUUAAAAUGAAAAUUCCCUUUUAAAUGUAAAAAUUUGCCUUAGUCUUGUUUUAUUAGGACAAUAUUGCCAUAGUACUUAUUUAUUCUAUUUCAGAUUCUCUGGUGGUCUUAAAGUUUCCUCCUUCUCUAAUUCCUUUUGCUGCUCUAUGGGACGGUUGAAACUGGGAAACCAUGAAAAUAUUAAAUACGUUAAUAGAUGAGUUUAGUGUUUGUGACAGCUUCAGGUGCUGGUACAAUUCUGUCCUUAUGUGUUUAAUACUUGGCACAUAAUACAAAUUCUCUUUCCUUCAACGUAAAAAUAUUAAGCUGCUUAAAAUAGUUACCACCAGUAUAAAAUGAAGCUGCCUUUUAAAAGGAACAAGCAGUUUAAAGCUACCUAUGAGUAUUUCUUUGUAGGGCUCACUUAAAGACAAGUUUGUUUAUACAUACCGUACCCUAGUCAAAUCUGAUAGUAGGGGAUGGGUGAAGAAAUUGCAUCUUUUUUUUUUUUCUGGAAGUUUUUAGUGUACUGAGAUGUAUAGUGAAAUGUCAAAAAAGUCAUAGAUUAUAGAUAAAAUUCCAAUUAAAUAACUAAUUUUGGGUUUUUUUAUAGUAGAAUUUCAUAGUAAUGUGAAAAGCAAGUGUCUUCCUUGUCACACUGCUCCCACAAUAGAUAUUUCAAGUUAAAUGGGUUUUCUGCCUUGCGUAUACAUAUUUGUGUGUGGUGAGUAAAAAGAAAAAAAGAACCUGUAUGUAUAUUUGUGCACAUAUAUACAUAUAUAAUUUGACCUGUGCAUUCAGUGACGGUCAGUCACUGGUAGAUUCCCCAAGGACUUUUAGCCUGUGGCCUGGCCCAAGACAGCUGCAGCCUUUCUCUUCUCCAUCCAGAAUCUGCCUAUCAACUUUUUUUUAUUAUUAAGAAAAGCAGUAAAUUUAUCAUUUGUAAUUGAACAUCUUUGGUAGGAAAAUGUUGCUCUUAUUUUGGUAGAUAGAGAUGGAAUUAAGUGAAAGUACUUCUUCUGUUUGUCCUCAAAUUUUGUCCUCUUAAUCUUAUCCUGUUUAAUGUUACAUUGACUUUAACUGCUGUAUUUGAUGACUUUGUUUAAUAAUUUUGUUCUUUCAGGGGUAGAAAUAAAUUUUUUUUAAUGUUUA